GUGCUAUUACUUCAUUCCGGAACUUCCUUUACCCAGCUUGUGUCUACUUUCCCUCAUCUGUCCCCUCCCCACCCAGAAAGUACACACAAACCUAUUAUGCAGCUGUGCCCGUGGGCUGGUGGGGGAGUGGAGGUGGACCAGCAACACAGCCUGCAGCAGGUGGAAGGUGGCGGUUCCUGCGCAUACUCGGUACACAGCCCCAGAGCCACUGAGCACUGGACAGUCAGAGAGGCCAAACAGGUGGGCACACAACCCCGAGGGCAUCUGGAUCUGGGAGUGUGUGUGUGAGAAAUGGCAGGACAAGUCAUAAUGCAUGGAAAGGUACCUACUUGUCACGGGUAUGACCACUCAUUUGUCUCCUGCCCCCAACUGAAAUCUAUCUUAGGGUUUUUCCUUUUAUCUCUUCCCACCUGACAACCCCACCCCCUCUCACUUACCCUGUGUGUCUUGCCCCACACCCUUUCCACUACUGUCCUUGACAGCAGGAGGCAGCAGAUUGCUGAGGCCCCCACAUGGAGGAGGAUGUAGAACAGGCGGCUGCAAGUGGAUGCGGUGAGAGAGGGCCACCUAGAGUGGCAGCAGCUGGCACUAGGAGCAGGCCCACACCAGCACACCUGGGGGUAGAGCAGAUGCAAGGCAGCGAGGUGGAGACUUGCUGAGGAAAGGCAUACGUUAAUGUAUGUGUGAGGUUAACCCAGGAGGCUGAAUUCCAAAAUUUCCCCUUCCCCUUUCUUCCUUUUACUCAGGUUCUGUUUCAAGCUGAUUCCAGUCAUUUGGGAUUGCCUUCCACUGACAACUUAGUAGGGCUUUCAUUAUAAGCAGGCUUGAGAUAUCUGACCUUUCUCUAGACCUAAACACCUGGGGCUGGGAACAUGGCGGGAGACAUUUACAGAUUACCGGGGGCAAAGUACCAGAAUGACAUUAGAGUAGAAAAGAGGCCUGUCGUUUUUACUGGCUUCUGCAUGUUUUCCUCCCCAGCUUCGGCCACUCUACCCUGCGCACCCUCUCACCUGACAGAAGGGGCUUUUCACUAGGACACUGCUGCCUCCGCUGCGCUGCUGUGCCAGGCCCAGGGAGGUGCUGGGGCUGGGGCCGGCCUUGGCACCCACCAUCCUCGUCCCAGGGAUUAGGCUUAGGUCCACCAGAUGGAAGGCAGAUGAGAGCAGCAGCUGCUUCUGUCCUCAGCCCAUUGGACUGCCACUGGGCUGAGCACCGGGUCCCGGACAGAAUGCGGACGUCUGGAAGAGAACACUGACCUCCAGGAUGUGGUAAAUGCAAACGCCCUGUGAAGGAGCUUUGUCCUCAGGGCCUCAACACUGCGGCCACUCAGGCUGUUCUCUCCAGAUUAUGGGGCAGUUUGUCUAUCUGGCCCCCUGUGGAUUAGCAUUCUUAAUUGGUUUAGGAUUAGACGUCAUCCAUUCAGGUUGAACGGAGUUCCCUGAGGUGGGUGCCUGUCUAUGUGUUGAGGGAACUAUUCCUAGUUUAUGAGGUGGUAAGGAUGUCGGUGGGGUGGGCUGGAGCGGUGACGGGUUAGGUCUGAGAGAAAGCCCUUGCACAAAACACUGUACAAACCCGAAAGGAAGUCUGAGAGACGAACCACCUUCCACGCUGAAGCUUCUAGAACUGGAGCAGAAAGAAGGUGUGGCCCAGGGCCAGCUCCGCCUCCUCCCCGGGAGGAAGCUGUGUGUCAGUUGCCGGAAGUCGCCGUGAGGUGGGGCUUAUGCGGCGGCGCGGUGAAAUAGAUAUGGCGACUGAGGGAGAUGUGGAGCUGGAGUUAGAGACUGAGACCAGUGGACCAGAGCGGCCUCCCGAGAAGCCACGGAAGCACGACAGCGGUGCGGCGGACUUGGAGCGGGUCACCGACUAUGCGGAGGAGAAGGAGAUCCAGAGUUCCAAUCUGGAGACGGGAGAAAGAACUGGCAAAAGUCACUAUCAAGAAGGAAGAUCUGGAGCUGAUAGUGAGUAG